GACAACUCUGAUGGUCCUGUUUUCGUUGCACGAUCUUUCACUAAACGAGACACGUCUCUUUGCUCCUUUCGUAGAAGUCUACGAUCAUUCUGGUUUCUGACAACCAUGGAUGAGAAAGCAGCCUCUGGGGCCGACGGUCCCCCUGAUCCGACACAUCCGCGCACCAGUGCCAUCGACACUGAAUAUCACUACCCUCACCGAAGCGACCCUGCAGCGUUUGGUCGCCAUAGCUUACAAAUUAUCCAACAGCAAAAGCCUACUUCGAGGCCGCCUCCCGACGGUCAACGACAAUACGGGGUCACUCCCAAUACAAGAGAUGAAGACAUCCCGCAUGAGAAGAGAUCGCGUAUGACGAAUCUGCCAGACAUCGACACAUCCCGCCGCCGCCCAGCAUCAGCACCACACCCCCAACCGCCCUCCCCACGCUCCCCAAAGAACUGCAUCACCCGACCAAGUCAUGACUUCAACUGCCACUACGAUGGCCCCUUCAGCCGUCCAAGUCCCGCCAUGACCCGGCGAAGCACUCACUCACCCACCCGGCCAUUUCCGGAGCCAGCUACUUCACCCCACCCCGACACGGCCCCCGGCCCCUCUGAAACCCCUCACCGGACCCUCCCGGCCUUCCACCCAUCUCCUCCACCUCUAAACUACACCCUCCGCACCCGCAAAGUAGCAAUCACCCUCUUCUGGACCCUCAUCCUCAUCGACUCCAUCGCCAUGCCGAUAGCACUCUACUUCAGCCUCUGGUACGGCGUCGGCCCAGGCACAAACACCCCCACCGAAAAACGGGAGAAACUCUCCCCCAACGCCGUCUUCUCCAUCGUCACCGCCGCAGUCGGUGGCGCCAGCAUCGUCGAGUACUUUGUGCGCUUCUGGCGGCUUUGGUGUAAGGGUAGCACGUGUCGUGUAAUUGGGGCGCAUAGGUGGUAUCUAGACUGGUUUCACUGGAACUUUUCGUUAGCGUGGAUCAUCAUCAUGAUUGAGCUCAUCGUGCACAAUCCCAAAGAACCCCCCAUCUGCCUCCUCUCCCUCCCAGCCCCAACAAUGCUCCUCACCUUCGGCACCCAACUCCUCCUCAUCGACGUCCUCCGCGCCCUCCACAUCCCCUCCCCCAUCCGCAUCUCCUCCAUCCCCCGACACGCACAGCUCCGACCGGGGAUCUACUCCCUCAUAGAAGACAUCUGCGCCGUCGACGGGUCCGGCGGGACCGAAUUCCGCGUGGCGCUCGAUAAGCGGUAUGAAGCGAGCCAUGUCUUUCGCGCAAUGCUGAGGAGGGUGGGUUUGUUCUGGGCUGUUGGUGCCGAGGGGUGUGCUGUGGUUUGUAUGGUAUUGGUGUUUACUUUGAGGGACGGGGAGGUUGGGUAUGUGGUUGGUUGGAGUUUGCCGUUUGCGUGGGCUGGGGUUUGGACGGGCGCGACGUUUUGGUAUGUUAAGAGGGAGUUGAAGAGGGAGGUAAAGGUGUGGACGGACGAGAUUGCGAGGAAGGGGGUCGCGGGGUUCAUGUCCAUGGCGUCGGUCUGA